AUGGGAUCCUUUACAUCCGUCAGUAGCUGCCGCAGGGUGGUUGGUGGUUUGUGGGCUACCCUGAAACCCAGGGGCCUGAGUAGUCUGUCGUCAUUUCUGGUGUCCCAGGUUGUGUCCAUGCCACCGAAUCACUUCCCAGUAGGCAGUAACAUGACCACAGUCCAUCUGUGCUCCGAUGGAACUUACAUCUAUUGGAUCUGGUCUCCUGCAGGAUUGAAUGAGAAAACUCCAAAGGGCCAUUCUGUAUUCAUGGAUGUAUUUGAACUUAUGUGCUGUUCCCAAUAUAUUUUAGAAGCUGCAAAUACAAGCUGUGGCUUGCCCUUGAAAACAUUAAGGAAGACGCCGAUGUAUACAUGCGGAACGUACCUGGUUAUGCUUAGUGCACCACCAGGAGGAUCUGGGAGUUCUGCAACACGCUCUCUGUUUGGUGGCACAAGUGGAUUGUCCUCUUUAAAAGUCCUGUCCUCUAGCCUGGUUUUCAACAUUUCAGAUGGCCAAUUUAGCAGCCGAGCAGACUUGAUUGAUGCCGCUGGCAGUUCUCUUGGGCGUGGAGCUCUGGUUCCAGGACUGGGAGCCUGCUAUGAUGCCAUGAAUAAUAUGAUUUGGACAUGCUCUAGUGACUACAUGGAUCAAUGGUGUAACCCUGGUAACCAGGCCUUUCAUCAUGUCUGUCAAAGACUGGGUGUUAGCCACAUCAUCCCUGAACCAAAAGAUGAAUCUGUGUCAACUAGUAAUGUAAUUAACCAACUUUUGCAUCAUGUGGGAGCAAUGUGCAUUCAUCAGCUAAAUUUACUGACUGCUAGUGCUAAUCUACCAAUCUCGAACUUCCUGGGAAAGCAACACCCCAUUGAAGCUCAGCACCUCAGUAGUAUAUGUGACAUUAUGGAGAAGGCCUUGGCAAAUAAGGAUGCCUGCAUUAUUCGCUGUAUUCUUAUUGUUUUUCAGGUAAUAUUCAAAUUUUUCUUCAACCCGCAAACAGAGCGAAACCGUGAGAUUGUACGUCGAUCUGAACAACUGCUCUGGCAGCUUUUAAAAACUCCUGUUAAUGAAAUUGGUGAAGAGAUUCAGAAGGAGGUGUGUUUGGCUAUUAGCUCAGGACUUCAUACACUGUAUCUUGGAGAGCAAGAACUGAACAAUCUACUGAAAUUAGUAUUAACAGAAGGUCAGAGAAACAGUGGUCUUUGCCAAUUGCGUGAUAUUAUUUUGGUUAAUCUGGCUGAACAGCUACAGAACAAUCGAUUUGGGAGUGAAGAUGACGAUCACUACAGGCUGAAUGAUGAACUGCUGCACUAUAUCCUGAAGAUUGUGGUACAGGAUUCCUGCAUUCUCAUCACAAAGUGCCAAACAGUUUCUAAAGAAGAAUUUCUCAGGCUUCUUGCUACAGUGCCAGUUGCAUCACCCUGCCUCCGUUAUUUGAUGGCAGUGCAGAAUCACCUCCUCAGUAACACGGUCCUCAUCAAACCUGACGACCAUGAUGAUAGUGACAGCUCCCUGCAGGGGGAGACAUUGAAGGUACAGGAACUCCAAACCAGUAUCUUAGCGCUAGCUACCAAAAUCCUAGGAGGAUGUGAUGAAGUACUUGAAAAACUCCAGCACGUCACCACAUCUGUUAUUAACAGUGAAAUGGCUGACAAAGAGCAUAGGCUGAAGGGUUUGGAACAGAUUACUAAGGCCACUAUGUUGGGUCAUUUGCUGCCAGUACUGCUAACCUCUUUGAUGCACCCAAACUUGCAGACCCUGGUCAUGGCAGAUGCACUCAUGCCACAGCUCGUUCAACUGGUUCUCUACACUAGCCAGACUGCUUUGCUGUUGAAAAUACAAGCACCCGUUUUCACGGAGAUUCCUGAUGAGCCUUGCAUUGGAUCUGAACAAAGCCAGAAAGGGAAGCUCCUCUCAAUGGAUGAUAGGAGCUACCGUAUGCUGGAGGAAAAGGAAGAGCCUGGCUUUCUGACUGGCUUAAAGAUCCCUGCCCCAUGGGCAGCUGGAAAGACCGUAGAAACAGUUCAUCCUGUGAGAGACAACUAUAAAUUCAAAGAGACUGUCCAUAUUCCUGGUGCACGAUGCCUCUAUCUGCGAUUUGACACUCGUUGUUCCUCCCAAUAUGACUAUGACAAGCAUUUGAUUGACAUAUGCCAGUGGCAGGUUGAAGCUAACGGUGCCUUAUCUCCUGCGUUGACACCAAGUCCCUCUCCUCUGCCGCUGACUAUCGAGGAAGACCAGGAGUUCACAUAUCCAUGUGAUGCACUCGCACCACCACCUCCAUUAACUGGGCACUACUUUGAUCUGCCAAGGAUUCGUCUACCUCCUGGAAUUAUGGGAAAGCUCAGGGAAAUAUCUGGCAGAGCACGGCCUCAAUUCAGACCAAGUAUUAAGGAAGUGAUUCAGCCCGAUGUGAUGGAAGAAAUGGUGGUGUCAUGUGUAAUCAAACAUUUGAAUUUGAUUGAUGCACUGCAGUCUCUGAUUAAUUUCCAGUACCGAGAGGAACACCUCGAAGAGUAUGAUCUACUGUGUAAAAUAAUGGGAGAAACAUUCAAAAAACUUAAUGCUAUGGAAAGGCAACUUCAGAGUGUAGCAGAGCUUGAACAAAAGUGGCAGAAUGAAAUGGAAGAUUGUCAGCAAGGGAAACUAGAAAACAAUCUGCCUUUUUUCCAUGACUAUCACUUCAAUGAGAGUAAAAUCAAGGAGUUAGAGCUGCUCUGCUCCCUGAAGGAGAUGCCAUUUGACUCUAAUGAUUUGGAAAACAUGGUGCUUUUAUUAAGGGAGAAAUUUGGUCAGGAGGUGAACUCGUUGGUGCCAAAAUCUUCACAUUCUUUAGCAAAAACAAAAACUUUGGUGAAAAGCUUGAUGAAUCGAGCUGAGCUAUUGCUACAUGUUACCAUAGCGGCACAGGCUGGCCUAACUAGGAGUAUUUCAGGAACCCCAGCUGACACACCAGCUUGUAAAUCAUCUUCCGAAACCAAAGUGAUUUCCCACACUGUUCGCCAACCUGUGUUCCUGCGUAGCAUGUCUGCACCCUCUGACCUGGAAAUGAUUGCAAAUGAAGAUUUAGAAUUCACACGAGCUAGUCAAAGGAGACGCCAUGGGAAUAGUCAUCGGAGCAGUUCCUUCACUCUGCUUCAGUCUCUGACUAUUGAAGAUAGUCGUGACAAGCCAACAUACAGUGUGCUGCUGGGACAGCUCUUUGCUUUCAUUGGGACAAAUCCUGAUCAGGCUGUGUCAAGCAGCAGUUUCCUUUUAGCUGCUCAGACUCGGUGGAGGCGUGGUAACACCAGAAAACAGGCCCUGGUACACAUGCGUGAGCUGUUGACAGCAGCAGUCCGAGUUGGUGGUGUUACUCAUUUGGUUGGCCCUGUGACCACUGUUCUCCAAGGUGGACCAAGGAUUGAAGAACUGACAUGUGGUGGGAUGGUGGAGCAAGUUCAGGAGGCAUUUGGUGAGACCAUGACAUCAGUUGUUUCACUUUGUGCCCGAUAUCCAAUUGCCUGUGCCAAUAGCAUUGGCCUUCUUUGUACUAUUCCAUACACAAGGAGUGAGGAGAAAUGCCUUGUGCGUAGUGGCUUGGUGCAGCUCAUGGACAGACUCUGCAGUCUAACAAGCCAACGAGAAAGUAGCUCCAGUGAGAAACAGACAAGGAAACAGAAGGUAGCUACGAUGGCCUGGGCUGCCUUUCAAGUACUAGCUAAUCGCUGUGUGGAGUGGGAGAAAGAAGAAGGUGUAUCAACAAAUGCAGUCCAUUCUGGCUUAGCUCGCCAAGUGUCAAGCCUAUUGACCAACCAUCUAGCCCGUGCUACUGAGUGCUGUGGGAAUCAAGCUGCAGGGAAUGACGCACUGCAGGAUGUACUCAGCCUCCUCAAUGAUCUUUCCAGAAGCCAAAUUGGUAAAGCAAUCCUUAGCCAACCUGCCUGUGUGUCAAAGCUCCUUUCAUUGUUGUUAGACCAGCGACCGUCCCCCAAGCUGGUGCUCAUCAUUCUUCAGCUUUGCCGUGCUGCCUUGCCCCUCAUGAGUGUGGAAGACUGUGGGAAUGUGGAAUUGCCACCAUGGAGUUAUUCUGUACCUUCCCUGGACAAUGAACAGGAUGAUCCUGGUGAUCCUGCUUCAAAUAUUGCAUCACUUCUAUUAGCUAAACUUGCUGAUUACGUUGUACCAGGGUGUCAAACCGUACUGUCUCCCAGCACGUCUGAAGCUGGUUCUUCCUUUACAAAAUCCAGCCCAAAGAACUCAAUAAAAUCAGAGAAAGAUGGUGGAGAAGAAAGCGAGGCCGUAGAUGGUAAACUGUCAAUCUUGAUUCAUAAACGUGAAGAUCAGUCAUCCCAUGAAGUCCUUCAACCAUUACUCAGUAGCUCAGAAGGGCGGCCUUUCCGAUUGGGCACUGGAGCCAACAUGGAGAAAGUAGUGAAAAUGGAUCGAGACAUGACUAAAAGUGGGUACUGUGAAGUUAUCACAGAAGAAGCAGUUGCAGCCUUGCGCAAGGCUACCAAAUGGGCGCAGUCAGGACUAAUUGUAAGUGUGGGACCACCAGUGGAAGCUACUAGUCAGGAGGCUACCAGUGGGCUGACAACUGGCGACAAGAAGAAAACAGCUCAGACAUCCAUCUGCAGAGAAAAAAAUGCAGAACUUGCCAGAACAGACCCAGUCCGACCAUUCAUCAGUGGCCAUGUGGCAAACAGCAUGGCAGCAGAAGUGAUUGCUCUACUGCACAACUUAUUGAUGGCUCCUGAGUUCAGCACUGCCCAGAUCUGGACCACCACUGCAGAAAAGGUUCUCUCUCGAGCACUGAUGUACAUCCCUCAGCUUGGUAAAUAUGCAGAGAGUGUCCUCGAGAAUGGAAGUAGCAGUGGAAGAAAAUUGGCAAAGCUACAGGCUAUUGGACGGCAGGCGGUGGCAGCACUUUGUGCACUUGGGGGCUUCAAAGAGACCAUUAAAAUAGGAUCUGAAGUACAGGUUUCAGGGAAGGGCAUAUCCGGAAGCAUUGGAGUGGUGACUUCUAUUAAUGAACAAGAAGGUAUUGCCACAGUCCGACUUCCCUUAUCUGAUUUUCGAAAGGCUUCCAAAGCGUCGGACACAGUGACUGUUCCAAUAUCGAGACUGUAUACCCCACGAUGUGAGGCCUUGCCUCUACAUAAGUUGUCCAUCACGGAAAAAGUAGUCCAGGCAGUUCAGUCCAUGUUGCUUCCACAAGAAGGGAGUCUCUCCAUUCUGACCUCACUCCCUGCAAUUGGUGAUGGCUCCACCCCUGUAAUGGCAGUAGUACGACUUGUUGCUGAAAUAAGAACCAGAGCAUGCUUAGUGAUGGCCCAGUUACUGGAGGAUAGUUUGUUCUGUGAGGAGUUCAUUCAGCAGUGUCCAGCAGCUGUGGAGGUUCUGAACCUUGUGGCACAGGAGUGCAGUCCAGGUGAGCGGUUGGUGGUGGUAGAAGCUCAAUGUGAAAGACUGAGAAUGUUAUACCGGGACUGUGCUCGUCCCCCACCUCCCCCACUGCAGUCUGACAGGAGACAGCCAAAAGAAAUUACCUGGUGUCCCUCCCGUGUCUUCCCUCCGGUGCGUGCGUGCAUGUUUUCCUCCCAUCUUACUGCUGUGACGUUCUUAGCUGAUCCAAGUGCAGGAGGGGGCUUGCCUCGUGGGACAUUCAUCUAUGCCACAUCACAGAUACCUGUACAGGCACCAUCAUUUUAUUGGGAAUUAGAAAUUGUUUCCUAUGGAGACACAGAUGAUGACAGUGGCCCAAUCGUGUCUUUUGGAUUUGCUACAGAAGCUGAAAAAAGGGAUGGAGCUUGGACAAAUCCUGUUGGAACGUGUCUCUUUCAUAAUAAUGGGAGAGCUGUACAUUAUAAUGGAUCCAGUCUGCUGCAGUGGAAGAGUGUUCGAUUAGAUGUCGCCCUAUCACCUGGUGAUGUGGCAGGAAUUGGUUGGGAGAGAAGUGAUGGAACACCACCACCACCAGGACAACCAUCAAAAGGCAGAGUAUAUUUCACGUAUUGUGGGCAGCGGCUAAACCCAUUUCUAGAAGAUGUGUCUGGUGGAAUGUGGCCAGUUGUUCACAUUCAGAAAAAGAAUACUAAAGUCCGUGCAAACUUUGGAUGUCGUCCUUUUGCUUAUGCAGAAGGUCAGGCACACAGGAAUGCGGCUGAUCUCUGCAUUGAUCUAGCGGAGGAAAUCAGUGCCAAUUUUGAGGCUUUACCAUUUGCCAUGGCCUCUGACAGUGACAAUGAUGCUGGUGCUAGUGUGGCAUCUGAUACUGCAUCCCAUGGUCCACCCUGUCGAAUUGCAGCUACUGCUGCAGCACAACAGCAAUAUGACAGUGAUGCUUCUUGCCAUUACAAAGUAGAAUUGAGCUACGAAAACCUUUUGAUAUCUGGUCCGUACUGUCAUCCGUCACCAGUAGCCGAUGAUGAAAGUGAUGACGAUGAUGAUGAUGAUGUUCCAAGAGUAAGCGCUUGA